AUGGAUGAAACGGCUGUAAGGCAGCAUGUAGAAUGGGAUGGAACAAAUUACCAUGGCUAUUUAAAUGUUGGCGAAUAUAUAUGCAAUGAAACUAUGGAAAUAGCUAAAGAGGCCUUAGUUUUUUUAGAAGUUGCUAUAAAUGAAGCAUGGCAAAUUUCUGUCGGUUAUUUUUUAAUAAAUCACAUUAAUAGUUCUCAGAAAUCAGAAUUAGUUAGUCGUUGUAUAGAUCUUCUAACUAAAACUGGAGUAACAAUUUUCUCUCUUACGUUUGAUGGAUGCCCAACCAACAUAAAUAUGGUCAAAAUUCUUGGUUGUGGUUUGGAUGCAGACAACUUCAAUACAAGUUUCAAAGUUGAUGGCGUUGCCAACACCAUAUCCAUAAUUCCAGAUCCUGCCCAUAUGGUAAGAUUAAUAAGGAAUGCUUUUGGAGAAAAACGACAAUUUAUUGACAUGGAUGGGAGCGUCAUUGAUUUUGAAUAUAUCAAUAAACUGUUAAUCUUGCAAGAAGACGAAGGUUGUCAUCUAGCAAAUUAG